AUGUUUUUGUUUCUUGUGAUAUCUCUUUUGGUUCUGGAGUUCAACGAUUCCAAAAAAUUGUCAAGAACAAAGACAGAAGGGAACCCUGAAACAUUCAUGAAUAUUAGUGAGGUCUUACAAUAUCAUGGUUAUCCUAACGAGGAACAUGAAAUACUGACAAAUGAUGGUUACUUUCUUACUAUCAACAGAAUACUUGCAAGGAAAGCCUUGGAGAAAACAGCUUCAAAACCUGUUGUGUUACUGAUGCCAGGUGUUCUUACUGAUUGUGGAAUAUGGCUGACUAAUGUGCCCAAUGGUAGCUUAGGUUUUGUACUGGCAGAUGCUGGCUUUGAUGUUUGGUUGGCAAAUAACCGAGGAAGCAGAUGGUGUAAAAGACACCAGCACUUUUCACACAAAGAAGAAGAAUUCUGGAAUUUCAGUUUUCAUGAAAUGGCAAUGGAAGAUCUGCCAGCUAUUAUAUAUUUUAUCCUAGCUAAAACUGGACAGAAACAACUUUCUUAUAUUGGCUAUUCCCAAGGAUCCACUAUAGGAUUCAUUGCAUUUUCAGCUAUGCCAGCAUUAGCUGAGAAAAUAAAAAACUUUUUUGCAUUUGGUCCAAUAUAUUUGGUGAAUCAUAUCAAACCAUGGUAUGAGAUGAUAAUCAAAACGAACCAAGGUGUUAUAAAGGCUGCAUUAGGCAGAAAAGAAAUUUGUGUGCUACCUAAUCAAAUAUCACGAAUAUUGACUAGGUUUUGUGACAUGGAUUUAUGGAGAAAAACCUGUGCAAAUAUUUUAUUGUCCGGUGGUGGAAUUAGUGAAAACAAUGUAAAUAUGAGUCGCCUGGAUGUCAUUGUAACACAUUUAUUAGGAUGCACAUCAACAAAAACUCUCUUACAUUGGAAGCAGGUGCUUGAUAGUGGGCAGUUUAAAGAAUUUGACUAUGGUUCUAAGAAUAUGGAAAAAUACAAUCAGAUGACCCCUCCCUUUUAUGAUAUAAGAAGCAUGAAUAUCCCAAUCUUCAUGUGGGGUGGUGAAAAUGAUCAAAUUUCAACACUAAAGGACACCAAACUAUUGCUCCCUCUUCUUAGUAAUCUGAUCUCCUACAAAAUCAUUCCUCAAUGGAUGCAUUAUGAUUAUCUUUUCGGCCUUGAUGCAUGUCAAAAAUUGUAUGAUGAACUUGUUGACAUAAUUCACAAUUUCUCAUAAGCUGGGGAUUGUCUAGUACAGUGGUCACCAACCAGUGGGCUGGGGACCACUGGUGGUCUGUGAGAACAUUUUGGU